AUGAUGGCGACGGCAAUUGUAUACGCCCAUGAACCCGACACGUCGAUUCAGACGACGAUACCAUCAGCAUCAAGACCCGACGUGGACGACGAAAAAGUCGGCGGGUUUCUGUUACGAUGCGGCCUGCGUCGCUCCGCCAUCGCCCGCGCGCACGAAUUCGCAGUCACAAGGUUCCCCGGGCAUGAAGUCGUCGCGGCGCCUUUUCAGGGAUACUGUUCUUACACGCUCCUGCUCCUCGCCAGACCCCCUGACGCGCGACGGCGGGAUUCGGGAUGCGAAGUGGAGAGGAAGAGCAGUCGCAGUACCGGAAGUGUUGAUGAGACCUGCAGCUGGGAAGCUUGCCAAGAUUGGAGGUUGGUGCAAUUUAGGCCUAGGCGGCAUGGUAUUGACGUCGGCGUCUGCGCGGAGGCGAGGAAGAUUCUGCUUGCGCUCGGUGUUGUUCCCGAAGUCGAGGAUCUGGGGAUGUUGACAGGGUUGGAGAUGGCCGAUGGCGGGAAGGGAGAGCUGUGUGGGUAUGCUAUUGAGAGGGUUGACGGUGUUUCGUUGACGGAUCUGAGGAAGGUAGGUGCCUUCGAUGUGGCGCAGAGGAGGAUGGAGGUUGUGCGGGAUCUGGCGAAAGUGUUUGCGGAGACGUGGAAAGGGAGACGGGACGGGGAGGCUGUUGUCAGGGGCAAAGUCGGCGGGAGCUUGAGGUGGAGGUUGGAGAUUAUGGUGGAGGGGCUGCCGAGAGAGUUUAGAGCUGUUGCGAGGAGAGUGGCGGGGGAAUUGGAGGGGAUUGAGAGAUUGCCUUGGGUUAUCACUCAUGGGGAUCUCGUGCCCGACAAUAUCAUGGUUCGCACCGAGGGAGUUCAGGCUGGGGGUUUGGUCGGGCUUAUUGACUGGGCUGAGGCAGAGUGGUUGCCUUUCGGGGUCGGCUUGUACGGCCUUGAAGAGGUUCUCGGAGAAGAUGUCCCUGUUGACGACGGCUACGCGGCGGAAAGCAGUAGUAGGUUUGAGUAUUACCCGGAGGCGGAGUAUUUGAGAGCACUCUUCUGGGAGGCAGUCGGGACGGUGGUGAAGAAUGAAGAGAUCGUUAGGAAAGCGAAAUCAGCGCAGGUUCUUGGAGUGCUGCUGUGGAGGGGCAUCGCAUUCGAUGAUGGAGCUUUGGGGAGGGUUGUUGAGAGUGAGAGAGACUGGUGGGAUGUUCAGCGGUUGAGAGCCUGGUUGUUUGAUAGGAGGGGUUUGGGCAUCGUGCCGCCGAGCGAGCGAUGGUGGGAGAAGGUCUGGAGGGAUGUUUGGGGAUGGAUUGGGCGGUGUGUCAAGUGA